AUGCAUUCUUCAGCUUCAUCAGCAUUAUCAAAUGUGACUCCUGUAACACAACAUCAUGUCGGCAGUCUUCCUUCAUUUUUUGCUUACUUGGGCAUACCCAAUAUUCCUGCCAAUGCCGAAUGGGCACAGAAGGGUGUGACUGUUGCUGGAGGUCACAGACGAGGCAAUAACACCAAUCAACUCUACUACCCUCAGGGUGUCGCCAUUGACGAUGAUCAGACAGUGGUCAUUGCUGACCGCGACAAUGAUCGUAUUGUCCAAUGGAAGAAAAGUGCUACGAAUGGAAAAGUCGUCGCUGGCGGCAAUAGCACCGGAAGUCGAUUGGAUCAAUUGAAAUAUCCAACUGAUGUAUUUAUCGACAAAGAGACGGAUAGUCUCAUUAUUUGUGAUUAUCAGAAUCGACGAGUCGUACGAUGGGCUCGUCGUAGUGGCACAACUCAAGGAGAAAUCCUUGUUGAUAACAUCCAUUGUGAAAGAUUGAUGAUGGACGAUCAGAGAUAUCUCUGCGUCUCUGACUGCAGAAAACAUGAAGUCCGACGAUAUCGAAUGGGAGACAAGGAAGGAACUCUCGUGGCUGGAGGAAAUGGGCAAGGUGAUGGUCUCAAUCAACUCAACUAUCCGACGUAUCUCGUUGUCGAUCGACAACAGACUGUCUACGUGUCAGACUACAUCAAUGCUCGUGUAAUGAAAUGGACUAAAGGUGCAACAGAAGGCAUAGUCGUCGCUGGAGGUCAAGGCACAGGGAAUGCUCUGACACAAUUGUCGUAUCCUCAAGGACUGUUAGUCGAUACGUUUGGUACUCUCUAUGUAGCAGAGCACGGGAAUGAUCGAGUAACGCGUUGGACUCAAGGAGCGAAACAAGGCAUUGUGAUUGUGGGUGGAAAUGGUCAAGGAGCAGGAGUAAAUCAGUUCAAGGGUCCCACUGGUUUGUCCUUCGAUCGGCAUGGCAAUCUCUAUGUUGUCGAUUUUUUCAAUAAUCGUGUUCAACGAUUUUCUCUCGAAUAG